CAGAGGUAGAGAAAUAUUUUUCAAGUGCAUACGACAAGGAGGAUUUCCUUUUGCUGCCUGGAGCUCAGUUCUCCGAGCUUUCCGCGAUGAAGAUCAACGUCGCGUUUUUGUUUGCUUGCAUUUGCUCCGCAUCCGCGGCCACAUCUUUGAUUGAUAAAUGGGGCCGAUGCAAAAUUAGUGACCCAAAUCUGAAUGAAUGCUUAAGUAAAGCAUGUAAAAACAUGGUUGUGGAUCUAAGACCAGGAAACACAGAGCAUGGGAUUCCGCCAUGGGAGCCGUUUCACAUAAAUAAGAUGGUCCUGAAAUCUGGAGGUAAAGGUCCGGUCAACAUGGAGAUGACCAUGGAAGACACCACGUGUACCCAUAUCUCUGAAUACUCCGAUCUAGUUGUAGACGCAUCAAAUUUGAAGAAUAUGGUGUUGAAGAUGAGGCUAACGAUUCCUAUAAUGAACAUCACAAGCAAGUACACAAUGAAGGGGCAAAUGUUAUCGAUACCAAUCAAAGGAAAAGGGGACGCCAAAAUGCAUUUAUCUGGACUGAAACUGGACAUAAUUCUGAAAGGCAAACCGCUCAUGAAGGAUGGCAAAACGUAUUGGGAAGUCAAUGUUUUUGAAGUAGUGUUUAACCCAACUAAGGCGAAAUUUGAGUACACUGGUCUCUUCAACGGUGACAAAAAAUUAGGUGAGGCGACGAACAAAGUGCUCAACGACAACUGGAAAUUGAUGAACAAGGAAUUCCAACCUUACAUCAGCUCCGAGUUCGGAAAAACGGCGAUUCCGAUUGCCAACGCUAUCACUCAGAUGGAGCCUUUCGACGAGAUGUUCCCGAAAUGAACACGAAAAAAGCUCCGCAAAUCAGGGAUGAUCUACGGAAGCUGAGAUCACAGAAGUUAUUGCCGGUUCCAGAGCGAAUUGCCACCGCGUCAAAUAAAGAACAAACUUUCAACUUGCAUGAAAUUGAGGACUUUGAUGCGAAAAGAGCGCUUCUCAGUUUCAGUCUUUUAAAAUUGGACUACAUUUUUCAAUAAGAAAUCACAGUUUGUGGCUCACACAUAAAAAACCUAUCUACAUAGAGAAACUAACACGAAUGUUGUAUCUCUAAUGAGCUAUAAAUCGUAGUUCCCAAAUGCAAAAUGUGGUCCAAUUUUCUUUUACAUUUUUACUCCCUCUGGGAAAGCGGGCUUGGAAAGGGAUGGAAAUUAUUCCUUCCCAAAUAAUAUUUUCAGCACAAAUCUCAAACUCCAUUAACGCGUCGCGUAGUGCUCCUGCAAAAAAAAACGUUCCUCAAAGGCGAUUCUGAAAGCAGGUAAAUGCUUUUUCCGCACCCAAGUCCUUAGUUACCCUGAGAUACUUUCAACCCUUUACGAAGUAUUGCUGUAUUUUAGUUAUCAUAAUCAGUUUUUGUGAUUUUGAAUAAAAUCUGAUUCUCAUAAUUUUGUUUCCUGUUGAAUAAAAAACAUACCUGCAACUGUGA